AUGGGGGUUGGGGGGUGGUCCCUGGGGACCUGCAGGGGAUGCAUGGCUCCCUGGAGGGAGAAUCGUGGCAAGGAUGGCUUCUCAAAUCCCGGGUACCGAGUCCGGCAGAAGGAUCUGGGCAUGAUCCACAAAGCUGCCAUCGCGGGUGAUGUGAACAAGGUGCAGGAGAGCAUCUUGCUCAGGCUGAAUGACGUGAACAACAGAGACAACAAGAACAGGACUGCUCUACAUUUGGCGUGUGCCCACGGUCAUCCGGGAGUGGUAGCUGACUUGGUGGCCAGAAAAUGCCAGCUUAACCUCACUGACAGUGAAAACAGGACAGCUCUGAUCAAGGCUGUACAAUGUCAGGAAGAAGUUUGUGCAUCCAUCCUGCUGGAACAUGGCGCUGACCCAAAUGUUAGAGAUAUGUAUGGCAACACUGCUCUGCACUAUGCCAUUGAUAAUGGGAAUAUAUCAAUGGCAGGAAAACUGCUUGCAUAUGGUGCAGAUAUUGAAGCAAAAAGCCAGGGUGAAUGUACAUCACUUUUACUUGCCAUAAAUAGGAAAAAAGAGCAAAUGGUGACAUUUUUGUUGAAGAAAAAACCAGAUUUAACUGCAAUAGAUAAUUUUAGAAGAACAGCCCUGAUACUUGCUGCUUAUAAUGGAUCAACAGGUGUAGUCUUCCAGCUUCUUCAGCACAAUGUUGAUGUCUGUUGCCAAGAUAUAUCUGGAUGGACUGCAGAAGACUAUGCCGUUGCUUAUAACUUUCAAGCCAUUCGCAGACUAAUUUCUGAAUAUAAAGCAAACAAGAGACGUAAACGUCUUCAAAAUAGAAAUCCAGAACAAGACUUAAAAUUGAUAUCAGAGGGAGAGCAAGACAGGCUUCAAGGAUGUGAAAAUAACCAGCCACAGGUUGCAGAAAAAAUGAGAAAGUGCAGAAAUAAGAAAAUGGAAGUGUCAAGAAACCUACAUGCUGAUGACAGUGACAAUGAUGAUGAUGAUGAUGAUGAAUUAAUUCAAAAAAGAAGGGGCAGAAAAUCUGAUAAUCAUCAGUUUCCCAGGCAGAAGAGUGAAGAGUACAAUAGGCUUGCAAGGAAAACCUCUAAUGAAAAGAACAAGGUUAAAAGAGAUCUGUGUUCCAAGGAUGACCUCAAUGACAUGAUUUGGUCACCUGAAACAUCCUCAGAGGAUGAUGACUUGCCUUAUUCCAAUGAUAACAACUUUAUAUUAUUCAUUGAACAACAUGGAAUGGAGCAUAAAGCCAGUGCCCAGGUGUUUGCUCCUACAAUCCUUAGCUUUAGUGAAAUAUAG